UGACUGUCGAAAGAGGAUGGCGUGAAACCUGCACGCGCUCUGCUGUCACAAACAGAAGAUGUUGAAGAAGCCCACCGGUCUGCGGCACAACCGCUCAGCUUAAACAUUUCUACCGAUUUAGGCUAUUUUAUUCCGAUCGAGCUAUAUACAGGUUGGGUUGUAGACUCAUUUGGCUUCAGACUGACGCGAGUCACGCGACGCUGGUUCAACGAAUAACGUGAUUGGCCAAAUCAAUUCAACAAGAGAAGAGUGUGAAAAAAGAGGAAAGAACAUAUCUUGGUGAUAACUGGCUUGGAUGGUCAUGGGGCAUAUGGUGGCCUACAACUAAUAUGACCCUUGACUCUACACAUUUCAAGAUGUCAGAAAGAGGAGAAUCUCCAAAUCUUUCAGAAUGCACUAAGAAGGAUGAGACUCCACCUCCAAGUUGCUUCAUGGAAACUGAGGACUGUCAUAACAACAUCAAGCCAAACAUAAAUGGUAACCAUGAAGGACUUAAAACGAAUUUGAAGGCCAAAGGGAAAUUAGUUCGGAGUACAGCAGUAUGUGACGAGUCAUUAUUACCCACUGAGGAGAACAGCAAAAUUGUGAUGGAACUUUGCUCUGUCUGGGUAAAGGAAAAAGAGAGCGAGACAACUAUAUCUAGUAACCAUAGUGACAGUCCUGAGUGUGAUGAGAAGGAAGAGGGGAAGGGCAAAGUGGGCACCACAACCAAAAAGCCAAGUUUAUCCAAAGAGCCUAGUCUGGAGUACACAGACUCCACAGGCAUUGAUCUGGAGGGAUUUCUUAUCACUACUUUAAAGAGCAGUCCUAGAGACAGACUGAUGCUUCUUAAACUCGAGCAAGAUAUGAUUGACUUUAUGACAGACAACAGCUCCUAUAAGAAAUUUCCUCAGAUGUCGUCAUAUCACAGGAUGCUGGUUCACAGGGUCGCAGCUUAUUUUGGUCUGGAACACAAUGUGGAUCACAGUGGAAAAGCUGUUAUCAUCAACAAAACCAGCAAUUCUAGGAUACCAGAACACCGGUUUGCAGAACAUGUUCAAGAGGAGAAGAUAGAGGAAAGAAGGUUAAUACUGAAGAGAGACACCAGUCAGGACAAAGAAGAUAGUCAGCUGAGAGUUCCAUUGCUCAAAGACCAGAUGAGGAGCAAGUCUAUAGAGGAGAGAGAGGAGGAGUACCAGAGAGUCAGAGAACGUAUAUUUUCUCAGGAUUCCAGUUGUGUUUCACAGAGCGUUUUCAUUGAGACCAGAGGUCUAGAAGACAGUAGUAUUCUCAGUGAGACCCAGAGAAGACGACAGCUAUUUAGGGGUAACAGGGGCAGUUCUGGUCAGCUGUCUGGCAGCAGGCAGAGCAGUUUUGAACUGGACUCUCAUUGGAAUGACCCUCAACCCUGGAGCAGCACAGAUUCUGACAGCCCGUCGUGGACCUCUAAAUCUACACACAGCAGCUCCAAACUCUGCAAACCAGUGUCCGAGUCAGCUCUGUCCUACACUCCACCCAACAACAGCCCUGCUUACAUCAUUGUACCUGCAGAGUCAUCAAUACCUCCAGGGAGUAUCUUAUUGAACCCACAUACAGGGCAGCCAUUUCUGAAUCCUGAUGGAACUCCAGCGGUUUACAACCCACCAGUCAGUCAGAAGCCAAUUAGUAACCAGUCUAACACAAUGCAGCCUCAAGCACCACCCCCUCCACCUCAGCAGCAGACAGUAGCAAGCCAUGGAGUCCCACAGGUUCAAUAUUCCUCAGUGACGUAUCUUCCACCUCAGCAUUUAAAUAUCUCUACCUCUCAGCAACAUCCAAUAGAACAGACUAGGGAAGAUCUUACCUCUAAGUUUGGUCACAUGAUGUUGAGCCACCAAUCAUCAGGGGAUCUUCCUGAUAUGCCCUCUUACUACAUGCAAGGGGCUCCGCCCACACACAGCAAUGCCCAGCCUCACCACAGUUACGCGCCAUGUCACCAUUCAGACUGUUAUGUGAGCCCUGGAAUGACACUGGCUCAUCCCACAGCCCUGCCCCCUCAGACCCAUGGUCAGCAGAGCAACCAGGUUUCAGUGUACAGCUACCCUGUUCAGUGUCCCAGUGCAUCUCAACAAUACGGAGCAGCCACUUACAGCACACAAACAGGAUACCCGACUGUCAUAUCUAAUCAACAAGGUUGUCCAGGCAUGAUGGGAAGUCAGAUUCUACCCCAAACACAGCAAGGCAUGAUAGGAUCUUAUCCAUCUGUACCCUCCUAUCAGGUUCCUCAACAGCAGCAGCAACAACAACCUUCUUAUCCAUCUACAAUGCUAGUGUCAGGGCAAGGUGGGCAGACCCAGAGUUUGGUGCCCCCUGCUGGAGUUCAAGUGUACUGCAACUCUUUGCCCCCUUCAUCCCCUCCACCACUCAGUAUGCUGGGAGUCUCCUUCCAGUCAAGCAGCUGCAAAAACGGCUGCAACGUUAAUCAGAACCAGUGCUGGUACUAAAAUAAACUGUCUUCACACAGUCACACCUACAGCUGUGAAAGCCAAACAGAACCAGUGCUAUUACAAGCUAAUAUGCAUUCAGUAUUUAUAGCUACACAAUAAUGGUCCAUACAGUCUGUAGUACUGAAGUCUGAUAGCGUUAUUCAGAUUCAGACUUUUCUACUUUCAGUCGUUUGUUUAAUCGAGUUUUAUGAACAUGUUAAGAAUGAAAAGAUCAAGUUCAAUUUGCUGUUAGAGUAUAAUUUAUACUAUUUAUAUUAGUGCUGGUGUUUUAGCUUAAUAUACAUAAGAUAUAUUUGGAUAUACUCUAUUUAUCUUGUUUAUAGAGGUCUAUAUAUUACAUGAGUGGAGAAUGAAAUGCACUUGAGUUAGCACUGUCUGUUAAUAUCACAAUACUUACAUUUUAAACAAAUGUUUAAAGUUUUUUUUUUGGUUGACAAAAUUAUAUUAGGAUGUAAUAUAAUGAUUGCAGGAAAUGACAAUAUCUGAGUGGAAUUUCUUAA